AUGGGUUGGUAUUUUCAUACUGAUGUUAUGAUGAAAAUUGGAAAUUUCAUUGAUACUACCGUUAAGGUGGAUGCGCAUACUAUUGGUCAAGCUCGAGAUACUCCUCCCGCUCCAAAUGAGGAGGAUGUUGUUGUUAAUCCUGCUAAUUUUGUUGCUGAGAUUCCAGCUAAGAUGUAUGGUCAAUGGAUGCUGAUGAAACCUAAAAAUUUCAUAAAGAAGGUUCCACAUGAACAAGGGCAGUUGUUCUCUUCCACCAAGAAGGCUGAUAAGGCUAGUGGAGUGAAGAUUGCCGCUAGCCAAUUUGGAUCUAGAUUUAAUAUUUUGAGGGAUAGUGAUGGUAGGGACGAUGAGGAUGCGAGUUUCACUCAUCGUCCUUUUGGUUUCAAGAAGGCUUCUAAACUGGCUGCUCAAGCUCAUAAGCGUGCCUCCCUAUGUCUAAGUCUUAUGGGGAACAAGCUGGCGCAGUGCGAUGAUGUUUUUAGGAAGUUUUCUUUCAAUAUGGAGGGGCCUUUCUUUUCCGAGUCUUUUCUAAGGAAAGAUAGGCUGCUUCAUGGUCAUGAAUCCCCUGACACUAUUCAAAGGGUGCUCAAUGAAGCUUUCUUUUCUGGUGUUAGCUUAACUUCUGACCAUAUGGAUCACCAUGGUGAUUUUGUUGAUCAAGGUGAUACAAAGUUUGGUAUUGGUAUGGCUAUUGUCAUUGAACAAGUUGCCUCCACUAGUGAUUUAAAAAAGGCUUAUGCUAUUGAUAAUCUAGCCAUUCUUGAGCCUAGAAUUGGUGGUACUAGAGCUUUGCAAAUUGCUAAGAGUUUGGGUUUUUCUAAUUAUCAUAUUAUUGAUGCCAUUGGUUUUUCUGGGGGUGUUUGGUUGUUGUGGAAUGACAACUCUAUCUCUAUUCAAAUCAUUGCUCAUUCUAGUCAAUCGAUUACUGCUCUAGUGCAAUUGGGGACUAAUUGGUGGUUGCUCACUACGGUGUAUGUGUGUCCAGGUAUUCAUGAGUCUUUUUCGGCUUAUUUCGAUGGUCUUGCUCAGACUUCUAAGCUGUCUUGGUUGAUUUUAGGGGACUUUAAUGACAUUGUUUGUGCUGAUGAAAAGUCUGGUUUCUCUGGAGCCAAGUUUACGUGGUGUAAUAAAAGGAAUGCGGAGGGUAUCGUUUGGAAAAGGCUUGAUAGGGAUUGUUUUUUAACUGCUACUCUUCCUGAGAAUAUUAAUAAGACGUUGAUUGCAUUGGUGCCUAAAGUUGAGAGACCUAUUUCCAUGACUCAGCUUCGCCCCAUUAGUCUUUACAACACUCUCUAUAAAGUGAUUUAUAAGAUUCUUGUUGCCCAGCUUCGGCCUUGUAUGACUAGUUUGGUCAGUCCUAAUCAAGUGAGCUUUGUCCCAGGGAGACAAAUUGUUGAUAAUAUUGUUGUGGCUUAA